AUGUAUCCCAAUUGGGAGCCUGCCGAGAGCGAAAAGUAUCAUCAAAUUAGAAAAAUGAUAAGUGAAUCUAUAUGUAAAAAAAAAACUAGAAUUAAUUUCAAUCAAUAUAUUAUAAUUAUCAAAUCAAACACAUUUGCCAUGUAUAGAGCAAUUCUAAGGAGGCCAUGUGCAAGGUCGAACGUGUCUUUGCUUGCCCCAAUCGUACGUCCCAAUUUUGUGAGAGUAACACCGUUUAGAGGAUUAGGAUAUUCGAGCGUAAGAUAUAAUGAUUUAAAAAAGGAUACUCCAGACUCCGUGAAUAAAAAUAUUACAAACCAACCGGAAGAUUUGAUUGAAGGUCUUGCAAGUAAUAAAGAAGAUUUGAAUGAGAGCAUUGCAACCCAGGUACAAGAAUUGGGUGAAAAUGUUGCAACUCAACAACAAGAUUCAAAUAAUCUCAUUGGCAAUAUUCAAGAAGGGAUAUCGGACGAAGAAGCACAAGAAUGGUUAGAUAGUAUUCAAGAACUUCGAAAAGAGUUUGCAUCGAAUGGUCAUUUCUUACCUGAGGAGGCAUUAGCUCCACCAGGACAAGCUCGUACAAGUAUUUGGGAUUCUUCGUCGACUAUCAAAGAUUCUAUCGAUAUGGAAUUUGAAGGGUUGAAUGACCGUUGGAAACCAAGAGUUCCAAGUUACCAAGAGACUAAAGAAGUUCUUGAAUCAUUAGACGAUCCUGUCAUCAGACAUAUUACGAAUUUAAUAAUGAGAGAUGGGAAACGUGAAAAGGCACAACGUAUCUUAUCGAGAGCGUUAUAUUAUUUAUUCUGUGAAACUCGUAAGGAUCCCAAAAAAUUAUUGCAUGAAUGUCUUGAUUCAUUAGCUCCAUUAGUGACCACCAAGACUUUCAAAACUGGUACAGCCAAAGCUGCAACUAUUCCUGUUCCCCUAAGUGAAAGACAAAGACAUCGUAUGGCAUGGAAAUGGAUCAUGGAUGGUGCCAAUAAGAGAGUAUCGAGUGAUAUUUCUGUUCGUCUUGGCCAAGAAUUAUUGGCUGUUUAUAAUGGGAAUAGUAGUGGGUUUGAAAAACGAAACCAAAUGCAUAAGACUGCUGUAGCCAAUAGAGCAUAUAUCAAAUUCAAAUGA